AUGAGCUGGCAUCGGGGACAGCAGCGCGAGACAGCUGAUCAGGAGCAGGGCCGGGAGUGGCAGCGAGAGCAGCGCCCCCCGCGGCAUGCGACGGAGGUGCCAUGGCGGCCACCGCAGCAGGAGUUUGCUGCGCAGGUCUCAACUUGCAGGCCACCGCCGCAGCAGGAGCCUGCUGUUCAGGAACAGGUGCCGAACUUGUGGCAGCAAGAGCAGCGGCAGCCUGUCAAGGAGGAGGUGUCGAACUCACAGCACCAGCAUCAGCACGAUCCUGUCGCUGAGGAGCAGGCACGGAACUUGUGGCAGCGAGAGCAGCGCCCUCCGUGGUCAAAGGAGGAGGUGAGGAGCCUGCCACCCCAGCAGCACGAGCCGUCUGCCGAGGAACAGGCAAGGAACUCGCAGCAGCAACGGCAGCCGGAACCGGCUCCUGUGGGUCAGGCACAUCCCUGGCACUCUCCUCAGCAGCAUGAACAGGUAUUGCCGCCGUCGCUGCACCCGCAGCAGUUGCAGCAACAGAUGCAGCAGCAGCAGCUGCAACAACAGUUGCAUCAGCAGCUGUUUCAGCAUCCAGAGCUGCAGCAGCAGCUGGUGCAGCAGUAUUACAUGCAGGAGCAUCAGCAGAAGGUGUUGUGGUACCAGGAGUACGUACGACGCGGGAUACCACCCGACCAAGCGAGUCGUUUGGCACAG